UCAAACCACAAUUCAAUUGACUUUUCAUUAGUUAUUAAACUUGUGUUUAGAUCUCAACCACUAAUCAAAUGGCUUCAGGGGACAGCGCCUCAGACAUCAACAGUCCGGUGGGCUCUCCGGGAGUGCCCUUCGAGGACAACGACGACAUCCCCGACGACAACAUGAUUACUGACGACGAGUCUGCGGCCAGUCCUCAGGCGAGUGGCCAACCCAUGCGACCCGUCGUAAGGGACGGCCGACUCCGGGACGUGUCGGACGACGAGAGCGGCGAAGAGCUCUUUGGCGACAACUUUGAACGAGACUAUAGGCCGCGACCGGAACUGGAUGUCUAUGAGACCGAUAUGUUGGACGACUCGGCGGUGUCGGAGCUGUCACUCGGAGAGAGGAUUACCGCUGAGGCAGAGAUGCGCGACAGGGAUAGGGCUGAGGGACGGCUCGCCGGCCGCAUGAGGAGAGGGCUCGACAUGUAUGACGACUCGGAGGAGGACGGCUCGGAUCGGCCGCACGUCCGGCGCCGACAGCUGAGAGCUCAGCGCAGGGCUGAGCUGUUCGGCGAAGGAGACGCCGAAGAGAUGAUCGAAAGUAUCGAGAAUUUGGAGGACACGCGCGGUAUGACUGUCCGGGAAUGGGUCGUCCAGUUGGCGCCCAAACGCGAGAUCUACAACCGAUUUAAGAACUUCUUGAGGACCUGUACUGACGAGAAGGGGAGGAAUGUGUUCAGAGAUAAGAUCCGUACGAUGUCUGAGGAGAAUAAGCAGAGCUUCGAAGUGGACUACCAUUUGUUGGCGGCCUCGGAGCAGGUGUUGGCCUACUUUCUGCCGGACGCGCCCAUAGAGAUGCUCGAGAUCUUCAACGAAGCGGCCAAACAUGUGGUGCUCUCCAUAUUCCCGGCCUAUGAGCGCAUCGCCAAAGAGAUCUUCGUCCGCAUCACUGAACUGCCGCUCAUCGAAGACAUCCGUUCCCUAAGACAACUGCAUUUGAAUCAAUUGAUUCGCACCCACGGAGUGGUCACCUCGACGACCACCGUUUUGCCGCAAUUGUCACUAAUUAAAUACGAUUGCAUUAAAUGUAAGUACAUUUUGGGGCCCUUUGUCCAGAACCAGACCGAGGAGGUGAAGCCGGGGUCGUGCCCGGAGUGCCAGUCGACCGGUCCCUUCUCCAUCAAUAUGGAGGAAACCAUUUACCAGAACUAUCAGCGCAUCACCAUUCAGGAGAGUCCGGGUAAGAUCAGCGCCGGACGUAUCCCCCGCUCCAAAGACGCCAUACUUUUGGGCGAUUUGUGCGACUCGUGCCGUCCGGGCGAUGAGAUCGAGUUGACGGGCGUCUACACCAACUCAUACGACGGGUCGCUGAACAUCGCGAACGGCUUUCCCGUGUUCUCCACCGUUAUUAUGGCGAACCAUAUCCUCAAGAAAGACAACUGGUCUGCAGUGGGCUCUGUGCUCACCGACGACGACAUCAGCAAAAUCCUGGAGCUCUCCAAAGAUCACCGAAUCGCUGACCGAAUCUUCGCGUCGAUGGCGCCCUCCAUAUACGGCCACAAGAAUGUCAAGAGAGCGCUGGCGUUGGCCCUGUUUGGGGGCGAAGCCAAGAACCCGGGCAACAAACACAGGGUCAGGGGUGACAUUAAUGUGCUGCUCUGUGGUGACCCGGGAACAGCUAAGUCCCAGUUCCUGAAGUACAUAUCGAAAGUGGCGCCGAGAGCCGUGUUCACCACCGGACAGGGAGCCAGUGCUGUGGGUCUGACGGCGUACGUGCAGAAGAGUCCGGUGACCCGGGAGUGGACCCUAGAGGCGGGUGCGCUCGUGUUGGCCGAUCGCGGCAUUUGUAUGAUCGACGAGUUCGACAAAAUGUCGGACAAAGACCGGACGUCCAUUCACGAGGCGAUGGAACAGCAGUCCAUCUCUAUAUCCAAAGCGGGAAUCGUGGCGUCACUGCAGGCCCGGUGCGCCGUCAUAGCCGCGGCCAACCCUAUUGGCGGUCGCUAUGACAUAGGGUUGACAUUCUCGCAGAACGUGGACCUCACGGAACCGAUUAUCUCGCGGUUCGACGUGAUCUGUGUGGUGAGGGAUCAGGUGGACCCGUACGCCGACGAACAGUUGGCUAAGUUCGUCGUUCGCUCGCAUAUCAAACACCACCCG